UUUCACCACCAGAUGUGUACGUUAUCAAAUUUUGUAGAUUUGAUUACGUUUGUUCACUUUCAGAUAGGUAUAUUAUCAAUUAAACCAAAAACAAAAGCAUUUAAAGAGUCGAUAACGAUUUGAUUGAAUUCAAUAUCAAAUAAUAAUUAGAACAAAGGCGCGCCUCCUUACAUGUAGUAACCUUCGUCGAAAAAUGUGGUGGAUUGAUUGAUCGCCAGAAGAAGAAGACAACAAAGUGUCAAACAAAGCACAAACUUUUAACAACGUAAUUGUCACAUUGUUCUCCGCGCCUCGGAAAGGUCAAGUUUCUUUUGUUAAGCAAAGUGUGAUUAAAAUAGAAACCCGAUUUGUUUCACUGCCGAACCAUUUUGAAUGCUGCCAUCAUCGCGUUAUCAAAAAGCUACGAAUAAGAAUAAAUCGCCGCCCUCAACAGCCGCUAUAUUCAACGAACUGCUAAGUUGUACUGCGUAGAGUUCAAGAAGCCUGGUAUAUCGAAUAUUGCCAUCUGAAAUUCUCGUACACUAUUAUACGCCGCUAGUAUGGAGAUGAGUGAUCUGGAAGAAGAUGACGUGCUGGAAACGCUGUUACGAUAUCAGCUGCGGCAGCAAUCUCCUGGACUUAUGAAUGCCGUGCAAACUGCCGAGGACACGCACAACAACACAACUGUUAACAGUCAACAAAUGUUUUACUCAAGUUUGCUGUUUCAACGCCUGGCUAUGAUAAGACACGGUGGACUGUACAACACUGUUAGGGCUACGGGACAAGCGAUCGCGAGUUCCUCAGGCGGUACUGUAACAAUUAUUCAAAAAGACGACGACGACGAAGACGAUCACGACGACGGCGGCGGCGGCGGCGGUGACGACGUCGAGAAAAACAACAACAUGUUGACCAUGGAAUCCGAUAUGAAAGGGGGUGGCAUUCUGCAUGCUACAAUGCCCCCGCAUCACCCGUCCUCUCUGCACGGUCACAGCACUUCGCCGUACGGAGCGUUGGGAUCAUUGAGCAUGAUGAACAUUGGCCAGUCACAGCUUUCAUCCCAUCAGACAUCUGCGGCUCAGCAGCAUCACCUGCUCGGAAGUGGUGGUGGUGGACAUCAACAGCACCAUAUGGGCCAUGGGUUGAGCAGCAACAACAGCAGCAGUAGCAGCAACAACAACAACAGCAGCGGGUAUGGAAGUCCUCUGCAGCAGCCAGUUUCGGGAUUAAGCCCGACCGGGCUCGUGGGUGGGCAAGGACACUCCCAGCACAGUUCGCCGACGGGUAUGGGUACCACCGGUCAGCAUCACAUUACGGCAAGUGGCGGAGGUGGUGGUCACCACCAUCAUCACCACGGUUCCGGCGGGCUAUUAGGUGUGAAUCACAACAAUAACAACACUAGCAAGGCGGCGCAACAAAAUGCGGAUCGCGUGAAGCGUCCAAUGAACGCGUUCAUGGUGUGGUCUCGCGGUCAGCGCAGGAAGAUGGCUUCGGAUAAUCCCAAGAUGCACAAUUCCGAGAUCUCGAAACGCCUCGGUGCGCAGUGGAAGGAUCUAUCGGAGACAGAAAAGCGUCCGUUUAUUGAUGAAGCAAAGCGGCUCCGAGCGGUGCACAUGAAGGAACACCCGGACUACAAAUACCGACCACGCCGGAAGACGAAGACGUUGACGAAGGCAAAGGAAAAGUAUCCGCUCGGCGUCGGAUCGCUGCUUGGUGGUGGUCAAACAACCGAAGGCAGUGGGAUGCGUGGAAGCGCGUCAUCGACCACGUUGGCAGCGCAACAGGCGGCGGCGGCAGCGGCAGCAGCGGCCGCAGCCGCAGCGAACCGUGAUAUGUACCACCAGAUGCCUCCAAAUGGCUACAUGCCGAAUGGAUACACGAUGAUGCACGAUCCGUCGUCGGCGGCGGCUUACCAAUCGCAACAGCACUACAUGAGCAAUUACCACCACCAUCAUCGAUACGAUAUGGGCCAGAUGGCGGCAGCAGCGGCCGCCUCUGGAACGACCGCAGGAUCCUUGAAUAGCUACAUGAAUGCCGGCUACGGUGGCAUGUACGGUGGUGGAAGUGGCGGCGGGGGAGGAACUGUAUCCGGUGGUCAAACAUCUCCCUACGGCGGUAGCGGAGGCGGACUGCAACAGCCCGGUUCACCGUACAGUACGACAAUCCAGCAGCAGCCCGGUUCUCCGUACGGACUAAAUCACCAACCCGGAAGCGCACUUUCCUGCCAAAGCCACAGUCCCAGUGAUUCGAGCGUGAAAUCGGAACCAGUCUCGCCGAGCCCGAUCGCAUCAGCGACCAAUAAUAAUCUAACCAUGAAGCGAGAGUAUAUCGUUGGUGGAGGUCAUCAGCAGCAAUCGGCGGCUGCCGAUCUGAGCCACUUGAUCAAUAUGUACCAUGUACCGGAUAUGCAGCAAACGGGCGGAGCAGAUUUACAGCAGCAUCAUCGCAAUCACCUAAUGCAACAUUACCAUCAGCAUAACGCCAGUGUGUCGCCCGAUCUUCAAACGCAGCACCAACACCUCCAGCAGCAGCAGCAGGUCCAACAGCAACAACAGCAGCAGCAGGUUCUGCGAUCUAUGGCACCAAUCUCACACAUGUGAGAGUUG